UGUCUGAGCUCUCACAUCCCAAACACUCUUACGCGAUGAACAAACUUGACUGAACCUCAAAUCAACUCGACUUUCAGCCGUCUUCUCCAAGCACCGGCUUCUCUCAGCCAUCCUCUCUCUCUCUCUCUCUCACUCGUUAUCUCGAACCCUAGCUCCAAAUCGAAGCUUCUCUCUUGAACCCUAGAUCCAAAUCGAAGCUAUACGGGAAACGCAUCAUCGAAACCGUCAACUCAUCCUUCAACUGUGACGAUCCCGAAUCCGUCUAUUCAACUCAUCCCAAACCGUUUCAUUGGCUGGACCAAUUUGUUGAUGGGGAUCCCUGGAUUGAGCAAUCAGAAUAAUGGACAGAAAUGGUUAGGCAUAACUGAGCCGAUUUCAUUGGCUGGACCAACUGAGGAAGAUGUGAUCAAGAGCCAUGAACUUGAAAAGUACUUGCAAGGUGUUGGAUUGUAUGAGAGUCAGCAGGAGGCAGUGUGUAGGGAGGAAGUGCUUGGCAGGCUAGACCAGAUUGUGAAGAUUUGGGUUAAGACCAUCAGCCGGGCGAAGGGAUUCAAUGAACAACUGGUGCACGAAGCAAAUGCCAAGAUUUUCUAUUGCAAUUGAUUUAGGUUUUUCAAUGAUUUUUUGUCUGGUAUAUAUGGUGGAAAUCUGUUGUUUAUAAUUUGUCUGGUAUAGUUUUUAUUUCAUUUUAAGUUUUAGUGAUUUUUUUGUCUGGUAUAUAGUGGUAAAGUUUAAGUGAUUAAUUUGAAAUCUAAUUCAUUUAAAGGUUAGUAGUAAUGUUCUUUGUACAUAAAUUUAGUAAUCUCGGAUUGGUAGUAAGGUACUAAGGUUAGUAGUAAUUAUGUUCUUUGUUCUGGUGUUAGGAAAAAAGUCAAAAGGGUAAGUCAAUUAUAUUCUUCACCUGAAAGAAAAAGAACUAAUCAUUUUCAGAUUAUCAUUUCCAUUGGCAUUAGUCUAGGAUGCACUCUUCUGAUAUCACUGUCAUUAUUACUUGUUUAUGUAUAUUGUUUGAGGAAAAGAGAGGCUUGUGAGAAUAAGUGUGUCCCCUCUAAGUUAAUUUAUGAAGUUUCAAACUAUGUAAGUAAGCCAGCAGUGUAUGAAGUUAGUAUGAUUAUGCAAGCUACAAUGAACCUCCAUGAACGGUGUAGGAUAGGGAAAUCGAUGUACAAGGCUAAAAUCGAUGGUCAUGUUUUAGCUGUGAAAAAUGUAAAGGAAGAUAUCACAGUCACAGAAGAGUUGAUGAUUCUACAAAAA